AGAAAGCGGACAUUCUCCGCCCUAGGGCUACUUUACACCCGGAGUAUAAAAAAGCUACCUGACCUAACUUUGUCUCUUCUCUCUCGUCGGCACUCUCUUCACAAUCCGCUGUCCAAAUAUUACCGCCGCCGACGAUGCCCGCCCUAUCUAAAAGCCUCGUCUCCGAACUGCCAGCUUGAAGCCCCCAGCCGCACAAGUGUGAUCCUUCAAGACAUACUUUGGUGUUUGCCAAUUUGGUUGUGCAACCACUAUUCAAGUAUACUCAUUUCCCUCAGAACUUGUUAGAGAUAAAAAGAGUAUAUUGUUCUGGUGUAGGAAAGUGUUCUUAGAAAUGCAAGCCCAUCAGCCACCUCCUUGACUCAAGAAUAAUGCUGAUCCUGAUUUGCCAUGGUUUAUGGGUUUGAGAGCCCCAAAGGAGUACGCAUGUCCCCUCUCAACCUCACCGUAUUAUCUUCCGCGCAAGAUGCGCGAAGAAGUCAAUUUAGAGGAGAUCUCAAUGGAUUUCGAUGAUUGGGUAUACAACUUCCCGAACAAAGACCUCUGGUCUUUUGCUUUCAUGAAGGAUUGGAAAUUGGGAUUCUCGAGCUGUUUGGGCCGUGCAUUUUCUCUAUCUUCUUAUUAUAAGGAGGGCCUGCCAUUUUUGGGCAUGUAUAUACAGAAACCGUUGUUGGUGGAAGAUAUGGCCCAAAGUUGGGAACACUUAUACGGCAAUGUAAUGGUGUGAUCUCAAUAGAUACAUCAAAUUCAUCCACUGAGCCUGUAACAUACUGGAGACCAUCGACACACUUGUUAUGUUGGUCAAACAUGUCAUCGACUCUGUGCUCUCGAUAAACCUAGUGCGUACCC